AUGGACAAUAAAUGCCCAGUGUGCCAUGCAAAAAAGUUCAAACGUGAAAGCCCAGGUUUGUGCUGCAGCGGGGGUAAAGUACAGCUUCCACCACUACCACCUCCACCAGAACCACUGUAUAGUUUGCUCAUGGGCCAUCAUCCAGAUCACCGCCAUUUUAUUGAUCGUAUUCGGCAAUACAACGGAUGUUUUCAAAUGACAUCGUUUGGAGCCAAGCAAAUUAAGGAGACUGGUUUCAUGCCAACAUUCAAAGUUCAAGGACAAGUUUACCAUUUGUGUGGAAGUUUGCUCCCAGAAACAGAGCAACAGGCUCAAUUCUUACAGAUAUAUUUCGUAGGUGAUGAUGAAAAAGAAGCUCACAUAAGGUCACACAACUAUCCUGGUGUCAAGCCAGACUUGGUAAAGCAACUUCAACAUAUGCUGCAUGAAGUAAAUAAUUACAUCAAGGAUUUAAAAACUGCGUUAGAUAAGGUGCCACUUGAGUGUCGAAAUUUUCAAGUAAUGAUUCAUGCAGAUCGUAUGCCUGCCAAUGCACAUAAAGGACGUUUCAAUGCACCAUCAGCCAACGAGGUGGCUCUGGUGAUUGUAGGACAGCAGUUUCAGCAGAGAGACAUCAUCCUUGAAAGCCGCAAUGCAAAACAGCAACGAAUAAGCGAACUCCAUAGGGCAUAUGAUGCCCUGCAAUAUCCUCUCAUGUUUUGCUAUGGGGAAGAUGGAUAUUCAGUUGAUGUACUUCAGCAAGAUACUGCUGAUAAGUUGGGGCCUACUACUAAAUUACCUGUCAAGAAAACUGUUUCUGCAGCUCAGUUUUAUUCCUGGCGUAUAAUGUUACGAGAUACAGAAGAAAAUUAUCUGUUACGCUACUGUGCUCUUCUAAGUCAAUUUUUAGUUGAUGAGUAUGCUAAGAUAGAAACUGAAAAACUGAAUUUUCUCAAAUACAAUCAAAGCAAACUGAGAUCAGAGGAAUACAUUCAUUUAAGAGAUGAAGUAGGAAGGUAUGAUGCUGAUCAAAUAGGACAGAGAGUGGUAUUACCAUCAUCGUUUAUCGGUGGACCCCGUUACAUGCACGAACGAGCUCAAGAUGCCAUGUCAUAUGUACGUCAUUAUGGAAGUUCAGAUUUAUUUAUAACUUUCACGUGUAACCCAAAAUGGAAAGAGAUUCAGCGAGAAUUGUAUCCCGGACAGAAGCAUUAUCAACGUCAUGACAUCAUUGCGAGAGUUUUCCAUAUGAAAGUGAAGGAGUUUAUGGAUCUUAUAGUUAAAGGACAAGUUUUUGGUAAAGUUCGGUGUCACAUGUUAUCUGUAGAGUGGCAAAAACGAGGGUUGCCCCAUAUUCAUUGCCUGCUGUGGCUGGAAGAAGCCAUUACUGCUGAUAUGGUUGAUAAAGUUGUGUGUGCUGAAAUUCCAGAUGUUGAUCGUGAUCCCCUUCUCUAUGAUAUUGUUAAGGCUAAUAUGAUUCAUGGGCCAUGCGGAAGAGUAAAUACAUUUUCUCCUUGCAUGAAAGAUGGUUGCUGCACAAAACGAUAUCCUCGCCCUUUCGUCCAAGAAACGCAGAGGGGACUAGAUGGUUAUCCUUUGUAUCGUAGGAGAACUCCAGAGGACGGUGGUUUCACAGUUAAUCUUAAAGGAUUUCAGUUAGAUAACAGAUGGGUUGUACCAUACAAUCCCGUUUUGUUGCGUACUUUUGAAUCUCAUAUCAAUGUUGAGAUAACGAAUUCCGUAAAAUCCAUAAAGUAUGUUUGCAAAUACAUCACUAAAGGAAAUGAUCAAGCAGCCUUCAUUUUAAAGAAUGAUAAAGAUAUUGAUGAGAUAGAGAUAUACGAAUCUGGCAGAUAUAUCAGCAGUUCAGAAGCAGUGUGGAAAAUAUUGGGAUUUCCUAUUCAUGAGAGAUACCCUGCAGUAAUUCAUCUUGCUGUGCAUCUGGAAAAUGGCCAACGUGUUUACUUCACCGCACAAAAUAUUCAUAACAAAGUUGGAAAACCUCCAGAGACAACACUUUCGGCAUUUUUCAACCUUUGCAAAAUUGAUGAGUUUGCCAGAACACUUCUGUAUGUUGAAGUUCCUUCGUAUUAUGUGUGGCAACAGAAUAAAAAGUUUACAAGACGUAGGCGGGGAGAGAAAAUUGAUCAAUGGCCAGGGAUAAAGAAAGAUUCUGCUUUAGGACGCGUUUACACAAUUCAUCCUAACAAUGUUGAGUGUUACCACCUACGCCUCCUCCUCCAUCAUGUUAGAGGUCCAACAUCUUUUUCUUAUUUAAAAACUGUAAGCAAUGUUGAAUACCCUACAUUCAAAGCUGCAUGCAUGGCAAUGGGAUUGCUCGAGGAUGAUAAACAGUGGCAAUACACUAUUGAGGAAGCUAUUUUAAGCAGCUCAUCAUUCAAACUGCGAGAACUUUUUUCAGUGAUCUUGGUAUUUUGUCAUCCCUCUGAUCCACGAAGCCUUUGGGAAAAGUACAAGGACAGUUUUUCAGAAGACAUCCAGUUUCAGCAUGAAAGACAACUGCAAGACUCCGCUCUUUCAACUAAGGACAAAGCGUACAACCAAUGCUUGAUUCUGAUUGAAGACACUGUUCAGACUCUGGGAGGUCAGCGCUUAAUGGAUUAUGGUUUACCUCAGCCUGAGCGAUUUGAGACUAAUUUGCAAAACAGAGAGUACAUGCGAGAAACAAAUUUUGAUCUUGAAGAUUUGAAGAAAAAAGUACAUAAUGCUGAAGCCUCUCUAACAGGCGAACAGUCCAGCGUAUAUCAAAAGGUCCUCAACAGCCUCGAGUCUGGAGACGGAUUAUAUCCUGAAUGUGCUGGCAAAAUUAUUAUACCCCACGCACUCGCUACGAUAGUAACGGAAUUGCCAGAUCUCAUCGCCAAGAUUUAUCCUGAUGUUGCUGAUAUAAAAAAUAAGCCCAUUGAAUGGUUGUGCGAGCGUGCCAUCUUAUCUCCAAAAAAUGAUACAGCCGCAGAAGUCAACAGCAUCUUAUUAAAGUCGUUUACUGGAGAAGAUAUUUACUACAAAUCUUUUGAUACAACAACAAAUCGUGAUGAUGCAGUGCACCUUUGGGAAAAGUACAAGGACAGUUUUUCAGAAGACAUCCAGUUUCAGCAUGAAAGACAACUGCAAGACUCCGCUCUUUCAACUAAGGACAAAGCGUACAACCAAUGCUUGAUUCUGAUUGAAGACACUGUUCAGACUCUGGGAGGUCAGCGCUUAAUGGAUUAUGGUUUACCUCAGCCUGAGCGAUUUGAGACUAAUUUGCAAAACAGAGAGUACAUGCGAGAAACAAAUUUUGAUCUUGAAGAUUUGAAGAAAAAAGUACAUAAUGCUGAAGCCUCUCUAACAGGCGAACAGUCCAGCGUAUAUCAAAAGGUCCUCAACAGCCUCGAGUCUGGAGACGGAUUAUAUCCUGAAUGUGCUGGCAAAAUUAUUAUACCCCACGCACUCGCUACGAUAGUAACGGAAUUGCCAGAUCUCAUCGCCAAGAUUUAUCCUGAUGUUGCUGAUAUAAAAAAUAAGCCCAUUGAAUGGUUGUGCGAGCGUGCCAUCUUAUCUCCAAAAAAUGAUACAGCCGCAGAAGUCAACAGCAUCUUAUUAAAGUCGUUUACUGGAGAAGAUAUUUACUACAAAUCUUUUGAUACAACAACAAAUCGUGAUGAUGCAGUGCACCUUUGGGAAAAGUACAAGGACAGUUUUUCAGAAGACAUCCAGUUUCAGCAUGAAAGACAACUGCAAGACUCCGCUCUUUCAACUAAGGACAAAGCGUACAACCAAUGCUUGAUUCUGAUUGAAGACACUGUUCAGACUCUGGGAGGUCAGCGCUUAAUGGAUUAUGGUUUACCUCAGCCUGAGCGAUUUGAGACUAAUUUGCAAAACAGAGAGUACAUGCGAGAAACAAAUUUUGAUCUUGAAGAUUUGAAGAAAAAAGUACAUAAUGCUGAAGCCUCUCUAACAGGCGAACAGUCCAGCGUAUAUCAAAAGGUCCUCAACAGCCUCGAGUCUGGAGACGGAUUAUAUCCUGAAUGUGCUGGCAAAAUUAUUAUACCCCACGCACUCGCUACGAUAGUAACGGAAUUGCCAGAUCUCAUCGCCAAGAUUUAUCCUGAUGUUGCUGAUAUAAAAAAUAAGCCCAUUGAAUGGUUGUGCGAGCGUGCCAUCUUAUCUCCAAAAAAUGAUACAGCCGCAGAAGUCAACAGCAUCUUAUUAAAGUCGUUUACUGGAGAAGAUAUUUACUACAAAUCUUUUGAUACAACAACAAAUCGUGAUGAUGCAACCGUGAUGAACCAAGCCCGAAAACCAUGGCCUAUAAUCUGGAAAAAGGUUGUAUUAGCUCGGAGGCCAUGA